CUACAGCCAGGCAGGGGCCAAGUUUCCCUCCAGGUGUUUUGGACUUCAACUCCCACCAUUCCUAACAGCAUCAGGCCCUUUCCUUUUGGGCCUGAUGCUGUUAGGAAUGGUGGGAGUUGAAGUCCAAAACACCUGGAGGGAAGGCCCAAGUUGGCUCAGGCCUGAGUUAGAUGAAUUAAAAAAUUGGGUUGCUAUGAGAUUUCGGGGCUGUAUAGCCAUGUUCCAGAAGCAUUCUCGCCCGACGUUUUGCCCACAUCUACGGCAGGCAUCCUCAGGUUGUGAGGUCGUUUGGAAACUAGGAAAUAUGACCAAGUGGCAGAAGAAGACUCCUCUGGAAUGGCUGGAUUAUGUGAAUAAGGAAGUCAAAGUGCACGCGGAGGAAAGGCAUGAAUAUAAGGGAUGGGUUUUAACAGUGGACCCAGUGUCUGCCAACAUUCUUCUGGCAAAUCUUUCUGAGAAUGGGAAAAUGUCUAUCUUGGCCAUUUUGGGACAUGCAGUACAGGAUGUUGAAAUAGUGGCUGAAGCAGAUGAUGAGAUGAAGGAGAAGCUUGCACACCUUUUCAUGCCUGAAAAAAGCCCAACUUAUAGCCAUGAAGAGUUGGAUCAAAAGAAAAACAGUUUAAAGAGCUGGCUGGAGAAAAACCAUAUCCCUGUAGAAGAACAAGGAGAAUUGCAAUCAACAUUGUGUGUGGCAGGGGUGUUAACUAUUAACCCACCAUAUGGGCCAAAAGACUGCAAUAGUUCCAAUGAAAUAAUUUUGUCUAGGGUUCAACAGUUAGUAGAAAGUUAUCUUGCACUUCAGCAAUGAUGGAUACAACUGCAAAACCUAUGUAGUAUUUGUUAUAUUUUCCCUCACCUUAGAGCUAAUUAUAUAUUUUCAUACGAAAACAAGCAUUGUCCUUUCUUUUCCUUUUGGAUUCUGGAAAAGUUCACUUUUAUAUAAAACUAGCAAAUAUACACAGCAUUGCCAAACUA